GUUCUGUCUGUGUCGUUGGAAAAAUGUGAUUUUUUUUGUAGAUGAUUUUCUUGGGUUUGUUCGGCGCUGUGUUAUGUCUAGCUGUACCUAUAGUGGUGGUGUUGGUGGCGUUGCUGGUUUAUGGGAUUUCUCACUACUGUCUCGCCAUGCCUCUGCUCAGGCCCUCUCAACAGCAAGACGAUGCAGCAAAGAUGAUGCCGACGAUGAAGACUGCUUCUAGUGAGGAAGGUGCAGAUCGGACGGGAAACGGACAAGAUCCUUCCUCCUCCCUGGAUCUGUCAGGAGGGUACAAUCAAAGGAGGAAGCUGGUGGCUCCACCCAUGAAUGUGUCAUUGGACCACAGUGAUGAGUCCCUGCAUUCAGAUGAUGCCCUGGACACGGGGGACGAGGCCCUGGACACAGGGGACGACAUCAACAUAGACGACUUGGACACACCUGAUGAGACUGACUCGGGGGAAUUCAGCAGACAUGGAGAUUCAGCACCUUCCGACCAAGGAGCAGGAGAGGGGACCACUGAUGCUACCCUAGAAUCCAGUGUGGCUGAGGAGCGCAGCGACAGCCGACUGUGGAGGAGUGUAGUGAUUGGAGAACAGGAGCAUCGCAUCGACAUGAAAUGUAUUGAGGCGUACCAAAGAGUCAUCUCUCAUGGAGGUUACUACGAUGAACACAAUGCCAUAAUUGUGUUUGCAGCAUGUUUUCUACCGGACAGCGACUGUGACAAUUACCAUUAUGUGAUGGAAAAUCUUUUCUUUUAUGUCAUCAGUACCCUGGAGCUGAUGGUGGCAGAAGAUUACAUGAUAGUUUACCUGAAUGGUGCCACACCUCGUCGGAGGAUGCCUGGCUUUGGCUGGAUGAAAAAGUGUUACCAAAUGAUAGACAGGAGGUUGAAGAAAAACCUCAAGUUAUUCAUCAUUGUCCAUCCUUCAUGGUUCAUACGAACAGUGCUGGGACUCACUAAACCCUUCAUAAGCUCCAAAUUCAGCAGUAAGAUCAAGUAUGUAAGCAGUCUUGCAGAGCUUCAUGGAAUGAUCCCCAUGGAGUACAUCCACAUCCCGCCUUGCAUUGUCAAGUAUGAAGAGGAGAGGGGUAUACACAAAUGUGCAUGCACAAGCAGAUAAGAGAAAUGGGAAACUGGCUUUUUGACAGCUGGGUGGUCCGUGCCUGCUGAGCAUGUUUGAUCCGUAUUGUGCUAUACUCUGCAGCAUGCCUAGAGAAGCCAGCCUGCUCCACAGCAGUACAUGGUACACAGCAGUACAUGGUACACAGCAGGUGAAGAGGGUACAUAGGUAUCGGGCUGGGUAUUGUGUGAACAUUUUCAAUACUGGUAACUUGAAUUCAAUAUUGAUACCAAACAAUAUUUUUUUCUAUACUUUGUUGGCAAUUAAAGCAAUUUUUGCUCAAGCUGUUCCUAUAAAUCAUGACUGUAAUUUCCUCAGAAGGAACAUUUUUAUUUGUAUAAUAGAGAAACUGUAAAAUUCAAAAAAAAAAUGGGACAUCAGAUUUAAUUAAAUUAACCAUCAAUACAAAAGUAUAAUCUUAUAACCCAAGUUUUUAGAACUAUACUGGUAUUGUCAGUGUUCGGCAUUCAAUGACAUACGGUAUUUAAAUGUUUUGGCUUUUGAUAUGAAUCAUAGCAGCAAUGCUUUGGAUCUUAGCGGGCGCAAAAUUUGUUUGACAAGUCUUAACAUUUGCUCACAGGAGGCAAUCAGGUUAUUCAUGUUGAGCAGCAUCGUUAAUUUGUUGAGGUCACACUAACAACUAUUUCAUCUGCCAACUGAAGGUGCAAGUUUUUUUUUUUUUUUACCAAUUAGGGAUACAUUUUUGGCCAGCGUGAGACUCAACAAUCCUGUCUUAACUAUUUUAAUUCUCCUGGAGCAUUCAGACAGGUGUGUUGUGUAAUUAUCUUCCCUGAAAUGUACGUGGUGCUUACAUGACUUCUUUCAAUGGCAGAAAUUUGAUGCACAUACACAUAAUCAGCCCACUUUGUCUAGGGGGAUACACAAAGGUAGUGUAGAGAAAGCAGAUAACAAUGAGGAUUGCACAUUUAUGGAAUUAUAUCAUAUUCCCUGUACCUCUUUAUUGUUUCUAUGCAUCUAGUUGAUUUUUUAAACAAAUCGGAUUCCAUACACAUUCCCUUAACUCUGUACCCCCCUUUCCAUGAUAUCCAACCGACAUGCUUACUGACAGACAUGCUAGUCAGUCUGCUCAGUGUAGUUUAUAGCCUCUGUCACAUGCAGGGUGGGUGUAUGAGACAGCAAACAAGAGCUGGGCAAAGGGAUCAAGAAGGAAACGUGUGUUUCAGAGUCUACUUAAAAACAUAUGCAUUUUACAUUCUAUUGUGACUGUUGACAUUUCUAUAUGGCGAAAGCAGUUCACAAAGUAGCAAUGUGUUGCAAAAUAUGUACACCAUUUUGCCUCAUUAAAGAUCA